CAGUGUAUACUAUUGCACGUGUACGCAUUCUGUAUACGCGUAUUAUUUGUAGGUUAUGCGUAAAUUGCAAAAAUGAUAUUUUCAAAUGUUAAAUGACUAUUUGUAACGGUUGAGAAGUUUACAAACGGAAGUUUAUAAGAUAUCUGAUUAAUUAAUAACACGUUAUCGUCGUUCUUAUACGAUUUGCCAUGGAAAUUUCCAAAAUCAGAUUCUUAUUAUCGCAACUGAAUGUUCGGGCUAUUCGUCGUAGUUUACAGUUGCGCUAUUAUUCCGAGUAUAAAGUUUCGAGCAAGGAAGUUGAAUUCGAAGCUGAUCCAAAGGUUGUAGGUUUGCGAGAGAAAUUGUUGUAUUGCGAUUAUUUGGAUCACGAAUAUGUUAGAAUGGGAUUUAAAGAACGUAGAAUGAAGCAAAGGAAGCUGUUAGAGCAAAAAAAAAUUACGACUUAUAGAAGACUGAUCGAGGAUCCCGCGCUUAGCGUUUUUUUAAACGCUGCCGACAAAGAAGGAGGUGAGAAAACGUCGAUUCGAGCAGACGAGCAAGUUUGCACGAAAACAGAAAACAAGAAACCGGUGUAUAUGCCGUAUUCGAGACUAGAUUCGUACGAAACUACAGAUAUUUUGUCGGAAGAUAAAAAAGACAUAACUGGGAUGAACGAAAAAUACAAAGAUUUGUACGAAAAAUAUUUGGAGAUAAAAAAAAGCAACGCGUAUAGCAAGAGUGAAUUUAGCUUUUCGGAUUACAUGGAAAAUAAUUCGAACGAUAUAUUACCGAAAGGUGAAUUGUGGAAAGUUCCGUCAACUUGGAUGUCCGAUUUCGAACAAUACGACGAGUCGAUAACGAGUGCCGAUUUGUAUAAAUAUUAUGGUACGCCGAAUCCUUCUUCCGAAGUUAGUUCGAUUCCAUGCGGCGGUUGCGGCGCUUUAUUGCACUGCAAAGAUCCUGCCAUUCCUGGAUAUCUACCAUCGGAAUUAAUCUCGAAAACAGAUAACGAAGAUUUGAAGCUGAUGAUUUGUCAAAGAUGUCAUUUUUUAAAAUUUUACAAUGCAUCCUUGGAAGUGAACGUGUCGAUAGAAGAUUAUCCAAAAUUGUUAAGCAUAAUAAAAAGAAAGAAAUGCGCGAUUAUAUUGAUAGUAGAUUUGACCGAUUUUCCUUGCAGUAUUUGGCCCGAUUUGAAGAGCAUCAUGCAUCCCUUUACGCCUGUAUUUCUGGUUGGGAAUAAAAUAGACUUGUUGCCUAGGGACUGUCCAAGUUUCUUUUACGAUGUUAAAAAACAGUUAUUAGAGACGUUGAUCGAUAGAACAGGCAUAAAAAGAGAGAACGUGACGCAUGUUGCUCUUACUUCGGCAAAGACUGGAUGGGGCAUAGAAGAGUUAAUAAAUAAAUUGCAACUAAAGUGGCGACACAAAGGAGACGUUUACUUAGUCGGCUGUACAAAUGUUGGAAAGUCUUCUAUGUUCAAUGCGUUAUUAAAUUCCGACUACUGUAAAGUACAAGCCAUUGACCUUGUACAACGCGCGACAACUUCCCCUUGGCCAGGAACAACUUUGAAUUUAUUAAAAUUUCCUAUUCUGAAUCCGACCUCUCGGAAGGGGUGGUUAAGAAUGCAAAGACUUGAGAGGGAACAACCGUUAAAAAUUUCGGAAUCCAAGUUCAGAGAUAAUAAAUUUAAGGAGACGAGGAGUAUGCGAUACGCGACGUUACAGGGUUAUGUCGGUAAAACGUUUUCGGGAAGAUCGUUGGACGAUGAGGAGGCUGAUCUUUUCAUAGAAAGAUCGGCGAAAUUUAUGGAAAGAAAACUUGGUCUAGACGAAUCUCGAAAAGAAUAUAAAGAGAGUCGUUGGUGCUACGAUACUCCUGGUACCGUACAGCGCGAUCAAAUAUUAGAUUUAUUAACAACCGACGAACUAUUGACAACUCUACCGCAAAUGAUCAUAGCACCGAGAACAUUUCUUCUUAGACCGAAAGAAACCGUGUUCGUAGCUGGCAUGGGAAGAUUGGACUACGUGGAGGGAGAUCUUUACAUCCGGUGUACGUUGUUUACAAGCAGAGAACUACCCGUAACGAUUUGUCACACCGUUGACGCGGACCAAAUUUACGAUCAGCUGUUGGAAACCGAAGCCUUUGUCGUCCCUACGAACGAUCCCGAACGGUUGAAAAGAUGGCCAAAAUUGAAAUCGAAGGAAGUGAAAAUCACUGGUAUCAAUACAGAGGAAUCCGCCGCAGACGUCGUAUUGUCGAGCAUAGGUUGGAUCGCGAUCACGUGUAACGAAAACGAAAACGUUACGUUAACCGCGUGGACGCCCGAAGGUCGUGGUAUACACGUAAGGUCUCCGGCGUUAUUGAAGAAAUCCGUGACUCAUCGUGGCGCAAAAAUACAUGGAACUCCUAUGUAUUCGUUGGGACGAAAAAUGUACGUUAAAUAAAUACAUAUUUAUGC